AUGGAUUAUAAAAAUAAAAUGGAAAUAAAAAAACCUAGCCUUUACAGACUUUAUUCAGUCAAAUACGAAAAUCAAAUUACAGCAAGACGCCAACAGAUGCUAAUGAGAAUUGCAUUGAGGAAUUCUCUAUACAGCAUUGCCAGCAAUGAACACUUGUUUGAGGUUUUAAAUCGAGUGGCCAAUGUACUUCACCUGGAAGACAUAGAGCUUUGUGAACUGGCAAUUUUGCUCGAAUCCUGCAAAAUUUCGUGCAGUUUUACAUGUGAAGAAAUAGUUAUCUUCACCGCUUACACUCAAAUAAAAUGGCUGACUAUCCGAACCGGCCUUCUCCUACUGCCUCCUGGCACGUUGGGUCUCAGAGCGACAAGGCUCGGAAUUUGUGUUCGGGGUGGGGUUUUACCCUUAUCGGACUCCAGAUAGAGUUUUUUACCCUGACUUAGAGGCAAGGAGACCAGAGUCCAUAUGAUAACCUCACAUUUCUGGAAGCUAGGGGUAAUGGAGACCAGAAGAAAGGUAUGGAAACAUCCAGCCAUCUCCCAUCUCCGGGUUGGCCGGGCCCAGCCCAUUAGAGGUUGUCCAAGGAAGUACCUGGGCGUGUCUCCCCGAGAGCUGGCGACAUCACCAUUUUUUGGUGACGUGUGCAACCUGAGGCUUAGAGCGCAAGCCUGAAAUCGGAGAGGGGGCUGAAAUAAACCCUCAGAGAUCUUUAUAAUUAAUCAUCACCGCUUACAUCGUCAAAGCGAAUUUUACAACAAAAAUUGGGCUCUAUGAACGGAAAUUGGCAAGAGCCUAUAAGGGUUUUCACUUGAAAUACUCGAAUUUUGUUAACUUAAAUCCUUCGUUCAAAUCAUUCAGCACAUUUGAAGUAGUCAAAAAAUUUAAAGAAUUAACAGAAGGCGCUGUUGUUCCGAAAAGGAAAGCAGAUGAGCUGGAGGAAAACCUAGAAGUCAUAAUGAUAACAGGGUACAAAAGAAAAGAGCCUUCGUUUAAUGAGAAAGAUGAGUAUGCAGUUAGCGAGCAUCUAAAGAAAAUGAAAUUCGAGUUUUUCGAAGGAGAAGAGCUGGAAGAUUUAAUCUGUUAA